GUCCCCGGAAGUGAUGCACGGAGAAGCCCACGUGUGGCUAUGCCACCCCACAUGGCGGUGCUCCUGAAGAAGUUGCUGCAUCCCGGGAGGUCCCCGGCUGCCUUGGGCCGCCUGAUGGGGCGGCGCGAAGCCAGCCUGGUCACUGAUCCCGGGGCUGCGGUGCGAGUGCGGUUCGCCCCCAGCCCCACAGGCUUCUUGCACCUGGGUGGCCUCCGCACUGCCUUGUACAACUACAUCUUUGCCAAGAAGCACCAAGGGAGCUUCAUCCUGAGGCUCGAGGACACAGAUCAGACCCGUCUUGUGCCUGGGGCAGCGGAGAAUAUUGAGGACAUGCUCGAGUGGGCAGGCGUUCCCCCGGACGAGAGCCCCCGGCGCGGAGGGCCUGCUGGGCCCUACCUUCAGUCUCAGCGGCUUGCGCUCUAUGCCCAGGCCGCUGAAGCCCUGCUGAAGAGCGGUGCUGCGUACCCGUGUUUCUGCUCACCCCAGCGGCUGGAGCUCCUGAAGAAGGAGGCCCUGAGGAACCGCCAGACACCCCGGUAUGACAAUCGGUGCCGGAGCCUGAGCCAGGCGCAGGUGGCCCAGAAGCUGGCCACGGACCCCAAGCCUGCCAUUCGCUUCCGCCUGGAGGGGGAGGCACCAGCCUUCAACGACUUGGUAUACGGCUGGAAUCGGCAUGAGGUGGCAAGCGUGGAGGGGGACCCGGUCAUCCUGAAGAGCGAUGGCUUCCCCACAUACCACCUGGCCUCCGUGGUGGACGACCACCACAUGGGCAUCAGCCAUGUGCUGCGGGGCUCUGAGUGGCUGGUCUCCACCUCCAAGCACCUGCUCCUCUACCAGGCCCUGGGCUGGCAACCCCCACACUUUGCCCACCUGCCCCUGCUCCUCAACAGGGAUGGCAGCAAGCUGUCCAAGAGGCAAGGGGACAUCUUCCUGGAGCAUUUUGCUGCCACUGGCUUCCUGCCAGACGCCUUGCUCGACAUCAUCACCAACUGCGGUUCAGGGUUUGCAGAGAACCAGAUGGGCCGGACCUUGCCAGAGCUGAUCACACAGUUUGACCUGAGCCGGGUCACCUGCCACUCAGCCCUGCUGGACCUGGAGAAGCUUCCGGAAUUCAACAGGCUGCACCUCCGCCGGCUGGUGGGCGACGAGACCCAGAGAUGCCAGCUGGUGGGCCAGUUGCAGGCGCUCGUGGAGGAGGCAUUUGGGAGCCAGCUGCAGGACAGAGAAGUCCUAGACCCAGCCUAUGUGGAGAGGAUCAUCCUGCUGAGACAGGGUCACAUUAGCCGCCUGCAAGAUCUGGUCUCCCCAGCGUAUUCCUACCUGUGGACCCGCCCUGCGGUGGGUCGAGCGCAGCUGGGUGCCAUCUCGGAGAAGGUGGACAUCAUUGCCAAGCGUGUGCUGGGACUUUUAGAAGGACCUGGUACGAACUUAACUCAGGACGUGCUGAAUGGAGAACUGAAGAAGCUGUCAGAUGGUCUGGAAGGCAUCAAACACAGUAACGUGAUGAAGCUCCUCCGAAUGGCCCUCAGUGGACAGCAGGUGAGGCAGGCGGCUGGACUGGACUGGAGCCCUCUUUUAUCCAUUCAACUGACAUUCACCAACAGCACUAAGUGUAGUUUGCGGGCUACGGAGAUGAAUGAAACAUGACCACCUCCCCUCAUUCAGUCAUUCAACAGAUAGUACCUACUGAGUACCUACCAUGUACAAGCACCAUGCUAGGUGCAGUGGAUCCAGUAAUGAGUGAAACACACAUGCUCCCCCUCUUGAGAGAGCUGGCAGUUGAUUAGGGGAAGGGACAUACCAACCCAGGGAAAGCAGGCCCCAGGACCUAUCCUCAGCCUCAGAAAUUGAAGCCCAUAAAGUGCACACCCGGCUCCGUGGGGUACAGACCCCGGUGCCAGCAUUGGCUUGGGCAUAACUCCUGCAGCUGAGGCCGGGCGUGUGUUCCUCAGGCAUUUUAAGGCAACGU